AUGUUCUUCUUGUACGAGAGCAAUCACGACUUCGUUCCUUACAAGUACACGGUCAUCCCACCUUGGUCGUCUGUAUUCGUUGCUGUAUGUCCAAAUUUCCGCGGGCGUAUUGUGCGGGGAAACAUGAUGAAUUUCGACAGGAAAAAACAUCUAUUAGGGACAUGGGCCGAGAUCAACUGGCACGCCAACGGAUCUGGGACGGCAUGGGGAGACAUAUCACUGCUUCAGGGCAAUAAUGGGGCCGCGGUGAUCCAGUCUCUCGGCGGGCUUAGCAGGGCGAAAGGGUUCACGACGGACCUCCUAUCCGAUGCACCAACCAACGUGUUAGCGCAGAAGGCGACGGGUUCGUGGUGUCUCGACAAGAUCAUAGGGCAGGACGCGAACAACGCGACGAGGGAAUGGGAGAUGCAGUUUCUAGAUCCGUGGAACGUGUAUUUGGAGGACGACAUCGACCCCGUAAUCAAUUCGGACAACGGGAGGUUCCAGGUCACAUUCUACGAGGGCAUCAUCUAGACAAGGUGGUUCUUGGCUCUCUUCCAUUUCGCCUUCUGUGGUUCGAGGGAAUUGCGUAUUUCAGGAGGCGCAUCGAAAGAGAAAAGGGGAAAAAGAUAAGUACCUAGGUAGUUACCUAUGUAAGUUAGGUAGGUACCUAGGUACAUAACAU